CUUUGCAAGUUCAGCAUUUAUCUCCUUCAACCUUCUACACUUUAACCGUUGAACUGGUGAUGGGCUACUAACUACGUUCCAAAGUGGAUCUGUUCUUUUUGCGGAGUGAAUUCAUAUUUCGAAUCUCAUUUGCUCGUACUCCAACUAAACCUAAGUUUUGGGGGGAAAAAUGGUUCAUGAAUGAGAAUGAGGGAUACAUGUAGCCAUUUUUAUAUUAAAAAAAACAAUAGUUGAAUGGGCACCAUAUACGCAUAGGAUUAUUCAUUUUCUCUCACCCUCUUGUUAUAUUAUGUUGGAAAUUUUUUCAUAAUAUUUUAUUCUUGAAGGAUAAUAUUGACCAAAAAAAGAAUGCCACUAAUGACUUUAGUUUUGUCUCUAACAAGGUUUAAAUUUAUGAGUGAUGAUUAAUUUAGACAACAUGCUUAAGAGAUACAGGAACCUUAGACCACCCACAGUGUGGGUUGAUUUUGUGGGAAAAAGGGGAAAUGUGACCACAAUGUGGGGGGGAAUAGGGGAUUAAAUGGGUUUUGUGGGUUUAGUGGGUGGGAAAACCCACCAGAUGAGACAAAUGGUGGGGGGAAGUGGUGGAUGCGAAAGGACAACCAUUUUUCUGAUUUUAGCAAAGGCUUAUUUGGAAAGUUGUGUUUUUGUCUCCUCGUAUUAUUGUGAUUUUGUCAUUGAUGAUGUCAUACUUAAUUAGUGAUGAAAAAAAUAUGUCUAAAUUAAAAAAAAAUAUGUCGAAAUGUUCGUAUUAAUUAAUUAUCACUAGUACGUAAUAAUAAUGAUCAUUAUAUGAAAAUAAAGUGACAAAAUCAACUAUAGAUUGAUUUUAACAAAAAAAAUACUAAACUGAUUACCCACUUUUCCCACCACCACAUUGUGACCAAAUCAUCCAAUUUUCCCACUUUCCCCUCUUUUCCCACAUUUUCCCCCACCCACAUUGUUGAUGGUCUUAGACAGCAUGUUUAAGAGAGAUAAAGAGAGCUUUUAGUAUUAUAUAUAGGUGGCUAAUUGCCUAAUUGAGCACAUUAGUAUAUAAUUAAUUUAGUAAUUAGCCAUUCCAUUAGUCUAACAAACAUUCCUAGUCUGCAACUAGAGUCUAGAGGAAUAUUUCUUUAGAAACUUUAUUUUUAUUUAUUUAUUUAUGUGAUUUAAGUACUACUGCUUUAGAAUAUAGUACAUACUCACAUGAUUUCCAAUUCAUGAAUUACUUCGAUUAAACACAUUAACACAAAGGUGAAACAUGAAAGAAAGAGUUCUACGUGGAACGAAACCUGUAAAGUCAGCUUUCUCAUCUCGAAAUGAGUUUGGAUAUAAGUCUCAUGUUCAUACACGAGGGUCCUAAUCUAUACUAGUUUCGAGAUCGUUUUACAUUGAACAUGGGUCUCGGAGGAGAUAGCUCAGCUGACUUAUAACAACCACUAAUCCGGUCACUAUUCUAAGUUAGUUAGUUUGCUCAUCAUAUACAUAUACAAUAUUGAUAGAGACAGACGAUAAUUCCUUAUAAGCUACGCGUUACUAUGCUUCUAUCAUUCUAUAAAUAUACAAAGCUCAUAUUUUGUACUAGCUAGAUUUCCCCCCCCCCCCCCCUGACAAGUUGCUUAACACUAUGUUUGGGAAGGGGUGCAAAUGGAAGGGGGUGCAAGUUUGGAGGGGUAAACACAAGUUUCAAGGUGUUUACCCCCGUUUGGUUAUUUUGUAACAGUAGGGGGGUGCAAAACGUGAGCGUAAAUUCACUGUUUCGGCUUACCCCCCAAAUUGGGGUGCAAGGAAAGGAAGGAAGGGAGGGGGAAGGAGGAGGAGGGGAAUUAUGAAUUUUUAAUUAGAUUAUAAUUACAUAAUAAUUAAUAUAUUAAUUUUUUCUUAUAUCUAUAUUAGUGUAGAAGUUGUUUGGGGUUGACCGUUUGACUAAGAGAGCAAGUUUGUCAAUGUUCGCCUCGUCAAAUCGAUAUCUCUUAGUUGACCUGAAUUUGCAUUGAAAAUUAGAGAUAAGAAGCAUUUGUUGAAAAGAUAGAGAGGAACAGUUUAGUUAACUCGAUUUACUUUAAUAAGUAGUUAAAACUUACAGAUUCGAACGUGUUUGACUAAGUUUGACCAUAUUCAAUUUAAAGUUAGGCACGAGAACCCCCUUAGGAUGACCAGUUACGAGUUGGAUUUCGAGUUUCGAGGUUGCUCGACCAAUGAUUAUUAUUGUUGUUAUAAAUAAUUAUAUUUGAGCAUUAUUAUAUAAUAAUUAUUUUUAUUAAAAUUAUUUUUAUUUAUUAUUUUUAUUAUUAUAUAUUGAAUUUUCAUGUUAUUAUUUUGUGAUAAUAUUUUAUAAAUUGAUAAAUCUAUUUUAUAAUAAUAUAAUUACUUACUUUUUACUCUAUUUGCACCCCCCUACUUUUUCAUCCAAACAACAAUUUACCCCUCCACUUACACCCUCCACCAAGUUGCACCCCCCAACAAUUUACCCCUCAACUUGUACCCCCUCGAACUUGCACCCCCCUUGUUGCCAAACAUAGUGUAAGUGUUGUUCUUUUACGUGGUAAAUAUUGUUUUUAAGGAUAAAAUGAAACAAAAGCAUAAAAACAUAAAGCUUAUUCUAGGACAUAUAUACUAGGUCCUUUCAUCAAUCCCAUCAAAUGCAUGAAAAUCCUAAAAGGCAUCAAUUUUAGUGAAAGUAUUAAUACAUAAUCUUUUCUACGUUGAAUCCAUUACCCAAUAGAAACCAGUGCCAACUGAAGAAAUAUACAAUCAAAUAGAUAAAUAAUUCUCCCACAUUAAAACCAUAUUGGAUUCAUCUAUUUGUAAUGUAGUUUUGCCAACUUGCAAACUUUGGCAGCACCUUUAUCUCUUCACGUGAACUGGUUCUCCUUCUACCUAGCCAGAAAAAAAAAAACAAAUCUAAACUCAUGAAGAUUCGUCAAUACAGAUAUGAUAGAUUGGUUGAGGCGCUAAAUCUUGAAUUCGAAGAUUCUUAUUUCGAAACUCAUAGUCUGCAAUCAUUUUUUCUCUUCUUUUUCGUUAUAAUGUUGAUCAACACUAUUAUUUCAAGGUAUCAAAUGCCUAUGAGUAAUAUAGCUCAAACAAAGAAAAAUGAAAAGAAAAUACGAAAAUUCAAACUUGACACAUGAUAUCUACACUGAUCGUAAUUCGAGUAGAGUAAGAAAGCAAAAAAACAUUUUGAUCGUAACACAAAAAGACAUACAACUAACCAUAAAGCGAAGUUUAUGCUCAUAAUAACAAAAAUCAAACUUACUAACCACAUAAUUCAUCCAUAAGAUGACCAACUACUACUUCACAUCCAAAAUCAUAGGCCUUUUUUCUCUUCACUCUCCAAAAUCUACUAUAUAUAAACACAUGCACUUCCUCCAAACCCACCCCACAUUCCUUCAUUCACCCCAAAAAAAAAAAAAACAAUAAUCCCCAAAAAUGGAGUCUUCCUCCAAAUCCUCAGUCCUUCUCCUAAUCUUCAUGCUCUUCCUCUCCUCCGCCACUCCCAUCCUCUCCUCCUGCGGCCGCUGCGGCGGCCGGAAGCCCCACCCAAAGCCCAAAUCUCCUUCCAAGGGCCCAGGCCCAAUCAAGCUCCCCCCAAUCCACCUCCCCAAACUCCCACCGGUCACCGUCCCCAAAGUCCCCAUCCCCAACCUCCCCACCGUCCCUCCGGUGACCGGCGGCGGGUCGGGGAAGUCACCGUCGCCGGCUGCCAACUGCCCUCCGCCGCCGGCGAAGAAGGACACGUGCCCCAUCGACACGCUGAAGCUGGGAGCCUGCGUGGAUCUGCUGGGCGGGAUCGUCCACAUUGGGCUCGGGGGCCCAGUUGUGAACAAGUGCUGCCCGGUGCUCGCUGGGCUUGUCGAAGUUGAGGCCGCGGCCUGCCUGUGCACCACGUUGAAGAUCAGGGCCUUGAACUUGAGCAUCUUCGUCCCUUUGGCUCUUGAGCUGCUCAUCACUUGUGGGAAAUCGCCUCCACCUGGCUACACUUGCUCCAUUUGAAGUUUGAAAAGGUAAUGUAUAGCCUUAGUGGCGUAGCCAGACUUACCGUUGAUCGCGAUUUUUAUGUACUGCUAACACCAACGAAAAACGAUCAUACUAAAAUCUAUGUAUCAAAUGUAUUUUUCGUCAAAAUGGGAUCUAUAUCUGAGGAUCCCUGUCCUCAAGCUUUCCCUCCGCCACUGCCUUCCACAAAAUUAUUGUACAACAAUUACCCAAAACUUUGCUCGUGUGAUAGUUAGAAAUGCGCGUACAAAUCGUAACAGAUCUGAAAGAUAAAAAUAAUCAGCAUAAAGCUAACCACGAUUCAAAUCCCUAAAAGUGCUACUUUAGUUUUCUAGAUUCACACAUUGGUAUAAGAUGGUAGUUAGUAUCAUAUUGUAACACUAAUUGGCAUGAUUGUAAUGCAGGGCUUGCAAGCUAUAGCAGGAAGUGAUAUGGAUGGAUGAUUGAAGUAGUCGACAUGAGAGGAUGUCGGGCUUUCUUGUUUGUUCUCUCUACUCUUUCUCUCUCUAGGGUUUUUUUCUUUUUUGUAUUGUUGGAAUUAUUGUUAUGGUAAGGGGGUUUGGUUGUACUUUCAAUGGAUUGGCAAUGUGGGAGUGAAGAUGUUUGGAGUGUAUUGGUGUAAUACUAUUUGUUGUCAAUGAGCUUGUUUGUUUGCAAUGGAGGUGUAGUGUGAGGUUUUGGUUUGACGUCUUAGUGAAAGAAAUUUGGUCCAAGAGAAGAGUAUCUAUCAUGUUAGAUUCUCAUAGUUCUAGUAUAGGAGAGGAUGGCCAAUAUCAUAAUAAUCUCCAUAGACUAGUUAUGUGAGCAUGCAAAUUUUUGUGUGUUCUCAACAUAAAGAGAGAAAAAGAACGACCAAAGUUUUUGAAAUGAUAUCACUGAGUAUCAAGAAUAAAAAAAGUAUAACGACAUGAUUAAGUCCGAAAAGAUAAUUGAGAUCAGUGAGCAUAAUGAAUGGAAGGAAAGAAAAAAGAGUCAAAUAUCCAUAUUGAUAUAAAAUAUAAGGUGUCAGUAAGAAAUAUGUCGAUCUUUUACGAUUGAGCACUUCAUAAGUUGUAGCAAUCAUUAGAAAUUCGAUUAUAAUAUUCUCUUAGGCCAUUAAGAGUCGAAUCUCAAAUAUCUCACUUAAGCGGUACGAUGAAGAAUGUGUAUAUAUAGAGGUCCUUCCUUCGAUCCUAAAGUACAAAAAUUAAAUCCAUCACUUCUCAAAUCAUUGGUUUUAACUUUGGACACAUCGUAUAUAUUCAUAAAAAUACGCAUCAAUGAUCGCGACACAACAAAAUUAAUCUGUCAAACUAAAACUAAACUAAGUACCAUCAUCAACGGCAGAAAGACGGUUAAACCUCCAAUUCCAAUUGAAAAUACUUCUAGCAAUGCAUGGAUACUACUGGCCAAAAAUAUUCGGGAGGACGCCUAGAAGCAUGUCGACAUAUGCUAUUAGUGCCAAAUCCAAAUCCACGUCCAUUUGCGUGUUCUGAAUGUUCAUGGAUGAUAUAUCAAUAUUCGACUACUGCGCUUCUUUAUGGUUAUGAAUGAAACGGUUUGUGAUUGUACGAUGUGUGAGAAUACAAAUUUAUCCAUAGUUUGACCACAAAACAUAACUUCAUAUCUCUUUCAAACAUGUAGAUCAUUAGCAAUUUACCCAAGACCCAACAACUUACUAGGUUUGCCCUAAGUAAAGCAUAUGAGAAGAACCCCUCAUAAACUCCCUAAGGCUAGGAUCAACCAAUACAAUCAUCAUCUCUCGAGAUGGAAAUACAAAGUCUUCCAAAUUUCUCUAAAAGAUACAACUCCCCCAUAACCUAUAUGAUCAACCCAUAUUAUAGUUUUAACAAAAUUCCACUCUCCCGUCCAUUUCUCAAAUCGACUAAUCACCAAAGU